AUGGGGUCGCAGCUUCUUGCAGAGUACAACGGUGCCCAUCAGGCGGUGAGGCGGCGGUGCGUGGUUACCGGUGGCCGUGGCUUCAUGGCCAGGCACCUGGUGGCUGCACUACUCCGCUCUGGCGAGUGGUUUGUGCGGGUCACUGACCUCACACCCGCCAUCGAGCUUGGCCGUGGCGACACUGAGGAGCUCCUCGGCGACGCCCUCCAGGAUGGCCGUGCCGUCUAUUCAUCAGUGGAUGUCUGCAGUCUAGGUCAACUUAUCAGAGCUUUUGAAGGGAUAGAUGUUGUUUUCCACACGGCUGCCGCAGAUCCUAGCAAAGACAACUUGGAACUUCAUUACAAGGUCAAUGUCGAGGGGACCAGAAAUGUGAUCGAUGCUUGUAAGAUCUGCAAUGUGAAAAGGCUUAUAUAUACCAGCUCUAGUGUUGUUGUAUUUGAUGGAUUUCAUGGACUUCUCAACGCCAAUGAAUCAGUGCCAUACCCAGAUAAGUUUCCUGAUGCAUAUGGGCAAACCAAGGCAGAAGCUGAGAAGUUAGUUUUGAAGGCGAACAGCCUAAAUGAUCUUGUAACUUGUUGCAUACGUCCUGGUAACAUUUUUGGUCCUGGUGAUCAUGUGAUACCAAUUCUUGAUCACUAUGGAAGAAUACAUUUUAUUAUUGGUGAAGGAAAUAACUAUGAUGAUUUCGUUUAUGUUGAAAAUGUGGUUCAUAGUCACCUCUGCGCCGAGAAAACUCUUUCUACAAAAGAGGGUGCUAAGAUCAGUGGAGGCAAAGCAUAUUUUAUAACUAACAUGGAACCGGUAAAUCUAUGGUGCUUUGCAUAUAUGGCUCGUACUGAACUUGGAUACAAAAGACCGUUGGAGAUAAGAAUACCUACACUGGUUAUCAUGCCAAUAAUUUAUGUCCUAGAGUUGACAUACAAGUUAUUACUUCACCACUAUGGAAUGCGUCAACCUCAACUGCUAACAAUGGCAAGGGUUAAGUAUUUGACACUCAAUAGAACAUUUAGCAGCGACAAGGCUGUUGAAGAACUUGGCUACAAACCCAUUGUUUCACUCAGGGAUGGCCUGAGGAUAGCGGUUGAAUCAUACAUUCACUUCAAAGACAAUGUUUUAUUUUAA